AUGGCCUCGCAGCCACCGUGCGCCCCCAGCUGCCCGGAAACCCCGGACGAGGGCGGGAAGGCAAAGGUGCCGCUGCCCCCGGUCAGCUCCGGCGACCUCGAGCAGCCGCCCCACAAACUGCCCUGUGCGGCCCUGGUCAAGGCCUACGGGCGCUUAAAGCUGUCGAUGCUGGAGGCACGGCAGGGCCGGCUGCUCGCUCCCGUCGACUCCCUGGAACUCACCCGGGCCUCCCCGCCACCCGAGGAAGAGCCGACGCCCGAGAGGAAGUUCUGGGGCGACCAGGAAACCCUCUCCAAGAUCCCAUUUAAAAUUAUGAAGGGACACCAGCACAUUGUCACUUCCUGUAACUUCUGUGUGGAUGACACAAAGCUGCUCAGUGGGUCCUAUGAUUGUACUGUGAAGCUGUGGGAUGCUGUGGAUGGCUCCGUGGUCCGGGAUUUUGAGCACAGGCCCAAAGCUCCUGUCUUAGACUGCAGCGUGACGGCCGACAGCAGAAGAUUUGUCACAGCGUCCCACGACAAAGCGGUGAGGGCUUGGGACCUUGAGACAGGCAAGCUGCUGUGGAAGAUCAAACACAAAACCUUCAUAGCCUCCUGUAAGCUUUCUCCCGACGGCAAGUACGUGGUCUCGGCCUUGGACGUGGACCGUGGAAUCUGUAUAACAGAUGCAGAGACUGCCACCACCGUGUCCUACGUCAAAAAUCAUCACGCCCGCUCUCUCACCGCAUGCUGCUUCGACUCCGACAGCCAGAAGGUGGCUUCUGUCUCCCUGGACAAAAACAUCAAGAUCUGGGAUCUUGCGUCCCAGGCCACGCUGCUCAGCAUCACAAAGGCUCAUUCCAGUGCAAUCUCAAACUGCUGUUUCACCGUCAGUGGCCAUUUCCUAUGUACAAGCUCUUGGGAUAAAACCUUAAAAAUAUGGAAUGUGCACACAGGGGAGUUUCGAAACUCUGGAGCCUGUGUGACUCUAAUGCAGGGCCAUGAAGGUUCUGUGAGCUCCUGCCACUUUUCCAGAGACACCUCUUUUCUCGUGUCUGGAGGGUUUGACAGGACCGUGGCCAUCUGGGAUGUAGGAGAAGGCUACCGGAAGCUCUCCUUGAAGGGCCACAGUGACUGGGUGACAGACGUUGCCAUUAGCAACAACAAGAAAUGGGUCCUGUCUGCUUCAAAGGACAGGACGGUGAGACUGUGGAAUAUUGAAGAAAUUGACCAAAUUCCUAUGGUAAUCAAGUACAAAAAGGCCCUGGGCUUAAAGGUGAAACAGUGUGAAGUAUGUGAAAAGCCUUUCUCCACCUACGAAAGUGACAUCUUUUCUGAAACAGUCACCAAAUGUGUGUUCUGCCGAAUGAGCGAGAAGGACUUGUCAGCAGAAGCCUUGUCAGCAGAAGCCUUGUCAUCAUCCUCAGGAGGGGAAGAUACACGGUCAAGGGAGUGCAGCCUGGGCACAGACGACUGACGGCCAUUGCGCCUGCUGGCUGGCUUGAGUAAGGUGACCUGUCACGCAGGGACCUCUGGCUAAGGCCCCUGCCCUGGCCCCGGAGGUGGGCGGUCACACUGGGGCACAGCGUCAGCUCCACAGCGCGCUGGGGAGUCACACACCUUGUUGUUAGUUUUCACGCAGAAUAAAUAUCUAGAUUCCUUUCGAAAACAAGCGUGCCUGUGAAUUCUAGAAGGCUUUUUGCUCCGUCUAAGCCUUGUGUCCCGGCGUUCACUCCGUCUCAGUGUUGCCCUGUAAGGCUCCUCGGUUGAUGGGGCUCAUCAACUGGGCAGGAAGAUGCGCGGGCACCUCCCCGGCUAAGGCUCCCCGGUGCCAGGGGGCUGAGCAGAGGGAGGUCUGGUGAGGCAGCGGGGCCGAGGGCAUUUCCAUCACAGGAGGCUUCGGGCUCUCCACCGCAGGCUUUCCCCUUUCCAGAAGGCCCAGACAGGGGUACGGCCCCCUUCCCGCUUCCAGAGCCCACCACACCACACCCUGAGUGGCCCAGAGGGACAGAGGUCUCAGGUUGGGGGGGCCUCCCUUUCCCACCCGCUUCGGCUCCAUGACUUAGCUCGGGCCUCGGUUUGGUUAAGCCCCAUCGGGCUUAACUGCAGGCCUGAUGUCCCGUCAGCGCGUGGGCCUCCGCGGGCUCUGGCCGUGGGCAGGGCUCCCGAGGCCCUCACCCGGCCCCAGCCCUGGGGUCUGGCCGCUCAGGCUGGAGCUGCGGGUCCGUGUGUCGCCGCUUCAGCGCUUCACCUGC